AGAUGGAAGUUACAGUGAAAGAAGAGGAAGACGAGUUCAGAGUGAUAAAGGAGGAGGAGGAGGAUGUUACUGAGGAGGAAGAGGAAGUGGAGUUCAGAGUGACAGAGGAGGAGGAGGAUGUUACUGAAGAGGAAGAGGAGUUCAGAGUGACAGAGGAGGAGGAGGUUACUGAGGAGGAAGAGGAAGUGGAUGCACCAUUGAGAGCAUCCUGUCCAGCUGUAUCACAGCUUGGUACGGCAACGGCACCGCCCACAACUGCCAGAGGGUGGCGCGGUCUGCCCAACGCUUCACCGGGGGCAAACUACCUGCCCUCCAGGACACCUACACCACCCGAUGUCACAGGAAGGCCAAAAAUAUCACCAAGGACAACAGCCACCCGAGACACUGUCUGUUCACCCCGCUAUCAUCCAGAACGCGAGGAUGCAGUGUUUGGAGUGAAGGAGGAGGAGGGAGAGAUAACUGAGAGAACUCCGGUGCGCUCUGCAAUGCGUUCCUGUCCGCUUUGCCCUAAGGUUGUGGUCGGCUUCAGUCAGCACCUGAGGCACACGCACAAUGUGAGGAACACGGAGGAGAGGAUCCUCCUUUGUAAUUGGCAGUCGGGCCGUGUCAAUAUCAGGCAGGAGCCGUGCCCAGUGACAGGAUGCUCCACCCAUGCCAGCCGGCUGGACCGGCACAUGGACUCACACACGGAGCUCAACAGAGCAUAG